CCGAAGCGUCACGGCGGCGCCGGAUGUCGGGGCGGGCCGGGAGGAGCUUCCGGGGGGCCGACGGAGCGAUCGCGUCGCGGGGUAGGCAGAGGGCCCCGGCGGCCGUUCGCCCCCUUCUUCCUCCUCUUCCUCCCCUCCUCCGCCUGUUCCGCGGGCAGCUCCCGCGGCGGCCGGCCCUCCCCCUGGAGACAGCGGCCCCGGCGGGGCACAGAGAAGCCGCCGGCAGCGUGGGCGAGCCUCGGGGCGCGGCGCGGCGCGGGUGGGUGGGUGGGUGGGUGUUGUCGUUUCCCCCUGGGGGAGCACUGUUUUGAAGAAUGUCCGGAAGUUUCUACUUCGUGAUAGUUGGUCAUCAUGAUAAUCCCAUAUUUGAAAUGGAAUUUCUGCCUCCUGGAAAAGUAGAGUCCAAGGAUGAUCAUCGCCAUCUCAACCAGUUCAUUGCCCAUGCUGCUCUUGACCUAGUCGAUGAGAACAUGUGGCUUUCUAACAACAUGUAUCUGAAGACUGUGGACAAGUUUAACGAAUGGUUUGUUUCUGCUUUUGUCACAGCUGGACAUAUGAGAUUUAUAAUGCUUCACGAUGUAAGGCAAGAAGACGGAAUUAAGAACUUCUUUAACGAUGUAUAUGACUUGUAUAUAAAGUUUGCAAUGAACCCAUUUUAUGAACUCAAUUCUCCUAUUCGAUCCAGUGCCUUUGAAAGGAAAGUACAGUUCCUUGGGAAGAAACAUCUUUUAAGCUGAGUAAAUAAAUUUCCUGAGUGAGUGCUUUUCCCGUACUUCCCUGAUUAUUUGAACUGUAGUUCUUCUGGUUAGUUUGCAGUAUAUUUGAUACUCAUCUUCUGAAGACUGACAAAUUGGAUGCUGAAGCAGCUUUUUUUUUUUUUUUUUUUUUUUUCCAACAGAUAAGACCAGUGAAGCCUCUCUGGUUAAAACUUGUAUCUUAAGAAGUUUUCAUUUACAUGUUAUGAGAACUAAGUUUAAAAAUGUCGGGGGCAGAAUAGGUACAAACCGUGACGUGGGUGUCAAUUCAUAUGCAGAAUGUAAGCCUUUUACAGGUGGGAGGAAAUCAGAUCUAAAUGCAGAAGACAACUCCAGUCAUGAUACGAGCAAAAGGGAAUUCUUGACUGUUUGGCCUAAGUGGUUAAUUUUGUUACAAAGUUUUCUAUUUACAGUCCUUUGCUAGAGAACUUACUCUGCAGACUAACCUUAUUCUUUGUGGUAUUAAAUCAGAUCUGUAUUUAUAUUGUAAUGUAUAAUGUAUGUAUUAUAAAGUGCUCAAUAAAAAGAAAAGAGGAUAUAUUAGCAAAGCUCUGUCCUCAGUAUUUCAAGAAGUUUUGAGAAAAAAAAACUUAAAAGUUUUAAAGCUUCAAAUUUAAAAAUUACCAGGUGUUCAGUGCAAUACGUGUUUAGCUGCAAUGUUGCAUCAAUGAAAUGAAUGAAGUAGAACAGAACAGCUGUGUCUGCCCUGUCUUUAAUUUUAAUUCACCCAUGGAAAAAAAAAAAACUAAAUUUACACAUGUAAGCCCACCUCUUUCCAUUAUCUCUGCAAGUGGUGAAAUUUUCUUUUUGAAAAUAUAUUUAGAGAAGGGUCUUUGCACCAUGGAACUCUUUGUUGAGCCUUCAGAAAGGGAUUAUUUGGCCUAUGUGGCUACUAUUCUAUUGUAAAAUGUGGUUAGGGACCCUUUUGCAAAACUUGCCAUCAUUUUUAAACGGGCCAUUUGACAUAUAUUUGCCUCAUAUUUUGGUUAGUUUCACAAUCUUACAAGUAGUCUGUUUUCUUUUGCAGAAAUUCGUAUAUGCUAUCUUCUUGGACUUUUUUUUAAAUGUCUGAAAAGUAAUUUCCAAAGGAAGUGGCAUGCUGUUCUAAAAAGUACAUUUUGCAGUCUGUAUAAUUAAAGGGACGUGUAUGUGCUUUAAAUGUAUAUUCAGUCAUUAUUUCUUUGUAAUUUACACUUAGUGCUAAGCUGUCACUGCAAAAAUAGAACCAGAUACAAAGGUUGCAAUAUUUACCUUAAAUAAAACAAGUGGUGCAGUA